GACUCCGCAUCCGCGCUCUAGGACCCUCGGUGUGCCUCAUACUGCUUUUUCGCCCCCUCCAGAUCCACCUUCCCUUUUCCGCCGCGCGCUGGCCCCUGCCCCGGCGCUAGACCCUCGACAUGCCUUCGCCGCCCCCAUUCAAGAUCACACUCAAGAAUGGCGAGGAGGUGAAAGUCAAUGACCACGUUUAUUGCUCCCCAAGCUGGGGUGUGCGUGACGGCACCCCUUACUCUAUCGCCCGUAUAAUGGAGUUCCUGCCUGCCCUGGGUACCCCCACCCUCGACAAGGCUGGGAACCGGAACGAACCCAUCACUCGGGCCCGCCUGGCGUGGUAUUACCGCCCCAGCGACGUCUCGGACCGCACAGUGGCGGACUGUCGCCUGCUCCUCGCGGCCAUCUAUUCCGAGGUCUGCGAGCUUAGUCAGCUCCGCUCGCGGUGCUACGUGCUCCAUAGAGACAGGAUAUCUGAUCUUGCCGGCUGGAAGAAACGGCCGGACAGGUUCUACUUUACUCGUUUGUUUGACCCAUGGCUCCGGAAGGAGUUCGAGGUGAUUCCUGCGACGACGGUUCGCAACGUGCCCGAACACAUCAGGGAGGUGCUCAUCUCACGCUAUGAAUACAUAGUCGCAGAGCGCGAGGUCGUCCCGGACCUCACCGACGAUCUGCGGAACUGCGAUACGUGUGAGAAGUGGUGCCCACCCGCCGAGAGCCUGCAGUGCGACCGCUGUAAGAGGUUCUUCCAUAUGGAGUGUGUGAACCCGCCGAUGCUGUCGAAGCCGAGCCGGGGCUAUGGGUGGACGUGUGCACCCUGUUCUCGCGCGCACGAAGAGGAAGUCGAAGGGCACGAUGUCCGGCACCUCACGCCGGUACCCCCGAAGGUAGUAAAGACCAACGCACCCGCUGCGCGUGGGCGCGGCCGGCCGAGGAAAGACCGAGUGCUCGCAGAGAAAGAGGAAAACGUGGAGAUCAAGCACUUCAAGAUGUGGCCCUUCCGGUACUUCGGGCUGUACACGUUUGCGGAAGAUACGCUCGACCCAGACGACCUGAUCUUUCCACGUGCUGCGACUCGCGUGGGCCCGAAGUACCAGGCUACCGUUCCCGCCGGCCCUGGCGUCGCCGACAGACCUAAAGAUAUUGAGGAAAGAGGCAAUGAUGGGACGCUCGAGGUGCUCAGCCUCGUGAACGAAAUGUCACCAGCCGAAGUCGAAGCACUGGAGAAACAGAAGCAGUUAUUGACAAGAAACGACAAGCUGAAGUGCAGCGUUGACUGGCUCACCGAAGUGACGUUCCGUCUCACCGAUGCAUGGAUCAAGAAACGGGAAUGGUCCACUGUCAGCAUGCGCUCUCCGAUGCGGAUCCAGAAAUGGAAGAAGUCGGAGACGCGGUAUACAGACAAAGAAUGGAGUGCCGAGGAGGUAGCAGCUUUCGAAGAUGCUAUCCAGGUCCACGGCGCCGAACUCCGCGCAGUGCGCGAUGAGGUCGGUACGCGUUCGAUGCCCGAGGUCGUCCGUUUCUACGGCCACUGGAAGAACUCGAAGUUGGGCGAGGAGAACGUACGGAUACGACUCGCCCGCGCAAACGGCGUCGACGAGAAGGCAGAGUCGACUACCCGGGAGCCUACGCCAGACGAAGAGGAGGGCUCGAUCGUCAUGGAGCCCCCUCGGAACGUCAGCUGUGGCGCGUGCCGGACGCGUGAGUCCGACGUAUGGUGGAAGGCCCCCAAGGGCCUCCCUACCAGCGUGCUCUGUGACAACUGUGGCUUGAGCUGGCGCAAGUAUGCCGACCUCAACGUGCGGCCAAUGCGCGAGGAGGCACUCGUGAAGGCGAAGCCUGGCGACAAGCGGGAGGGCACCCCCCUCAACGGCCCCCUAUCCAAACGUGCCAAGACUUCCUCAUCACAAUCUUCGCCUCCACCCGUUGUACCACAACUUCGUUGUGUCGCAUGUCAACGCAACGGGCCCACGGGGAAGGUUCUCCGUUGCAAGCAGUGUCAGUUCCGCGUACAUGCGGGCGCGUGUGGUGUAAGCCUCGAUCAAGCGACCGUCGACUCCUGGGUAUGCGACCUCUGCCAGAACGAGAAGUCGCUCGAAGCAUCCCUGAUCCCUGACUGUCUUCUGUGCCCACGCAUGCGACGGGACCCAAAGAAGAAGCUCAUCUAUCCACCGCCCGACUCGUACUUGCGCGCAUGCAAGCCAACAGAGGGCCAGGCGUGGGUGCACGUUCUCUGUUCGGUGUUCAUCCCCGAGAUCUGCUACUCCGACGCGGUGCGCCUCCGGCUCGUUGAGGGCGUGAGCGCGAUCCCGCAGUACCGAUGGCAGAACACCUGCACGCUGUGCGAUCGAGAGGACGGCGCAGUCAUCCUGUGCAGCGAAUGUCCUGCCGAGUUCCAUGUGUCCUGUGCGUGGAAGCACGGCCACAAGUUCGGCUUCGAGAUCCAGCCUGUCAAGAACAGUCGGCGGGAAAUCGCGACGACGGUGGACUGGAAGGGUCACACAGGCCAGAUGGUGCCCUCCGUCAUCUGUAAAGGGCACAUCGGCCACAAACGACAGCUAUACGACAUCUGCGACACGAACGAAGUCGGCGAGACCGCGCUGCAGAUGUACUGCCGGAACUACAAGCAGGCGCCGAUUGCCCAGACGCACGGCCUGCUGCGCAAGGCGCGGCGGCUCGACAAGAUCCUCGACGCGGUCGUGGGUGGCGACAUCUCGUCCGCCGCGUCCGUCGACGGCGACAGCGCGCAGUCCGCUGCGGACCCGCACUGCUACCGCUGCCAGACCGAGUUCUCGCCGUUCUUCCACGAGGUGACGAACGCACCGCGCGACGGCGCGAAGUCGUGGCUGUGCCACAAGUGCCACGCCGAGACGAGGAAGAGCUAUCCGGUGAUCAUUGGCAUCGGCGCGUCGUGACGACGGCGGUCGGACCUAUCUCUGUAGAGAGCCUGUGGACGAUGUUUGUAUAUACCGGGUCCUGGGUCCUUCCGCUAGUGGGGGCUGUACGAUUACACGUGCUAUGGUAUUACGGAGUGUCUCGCCGGGUGCAAUAGUGA